AUGAAAGGAGCCGAUCAAUUGGAGGCAUUGCGCUCCAAUAUGUUGGAGCAGCAUGGGGGUGAAGAGAAAGUGGAAGUCAAUCAGCGGCAUCUUAUUGACAAGAUUUUGGCCCGUUACUCUGCUGAAUAUGUACUUUAUAGGGAACUUAUGCAGAACGCAGACGAUGCUUCUUCCUCGGAAGUCGAGAUCCACUUUCACUCUGAAAACCCUAGCGGCAGCAAGUCGGGGAAUACAAUGAAUUUAUCACAAAAAUGCAACAAGAUUGUUUUCAAGAACAAUGGCAUGACCUUUCGUCCCGAAGAUUGGCUUCGUUUAAAACGUAUAGCAGAAGGAAACCCAGAUGAGCAAAAAAUCGGUGCCUUUGGUGUUGGCUUUUACUCGUUAUUUUCUGUAUGCGAAAAUCCUUUUGUUUUCUCGGGCUCUCAAUGCAUGGCUUUUUAUUUCAAAGGUGAUCAGCUGUUCGCGAAACGAGGCGAUGUACCGAGCAAUGAAACAGAUCAAUGGACCUCCUUUCUGAUGGAUUUGCGAGAACCCAUGGAAAUGCCUGAUUUUGACGAAUUUACUAAAUUUUUGACCACCAGCAUGGGAUUCACGGCGAAUUUGCGCCAAAUCUCAGUUUACUUUGAUGCUCAUCGCAUUUUUACCAUCUCAAAACGCAUGGCCGCACCGCGCGCCAUGACCCUCAAUACGAAAACGAUGAGUGUCAUCUCACCACAAAAGCUGUUCACGAUCACCAGUGUUGAAAUCCAAAAAAUCCAACUGGACGCCGAAAAAUACUCGCCCCCACGGCUUUUUUCACCCAUCACCAAUCUUCUGACCAAGGCAAAAGAGCCGGAGCAUACUAUCGACGGACUACCAGUUGAAAAAGCCAGUAUAUUUUUGCGUGUAGUCGGAGCGGCCUUGGGUGUCAGUGUGUCGCGUGAAUACGAGCGUGAAAUGGAAAGGGCCACCAAGAAAAAACCGCCAAAAACCACAAAAUUCCAGCUCGUUUACACAGGACAAGAGGAACUGGAAAGUUCCGAAAAGAAUAGUCUCAUUUUCAAAGAUCUAAUUCCGUUUCCUCAUCAAGGUCGCAUUUUCAUUGGUUUCCCCACACAUCAGACGACGGGAUGCUGCUCGCACAUGGCAGCCCGAUUUAUUCCAACUGUCGAACGUGAAAGUAUCGAUUUUGCAGAUCGUUAUCUGAGCUUAUGGAACAAGGAGUUACUAGCCGUUGGAGGAACCUUAUCGCGAAUUAUUUACAAUGAUACGAUGGACGAGAUCAACAUGCAUUAUCGUGAAUUAAUUGGAUCGGAAAUCGAAGUGGACAAGCUCAAGGUCGACGACAAACUGGAGCAAAUCAAAUGCAUGUUCGACAAGCAAGCGGCUCAUGCUCUGCAAUCGUUCACUUUCAGUCCGUCCACCCCGAGCAAUAUCGUCGGUAGGGUCUUUGAGGAGCGCUUUUUCAAUUCAAGCAAAGUGCCCUUUCAGAUCAUGACAUCGCAUGGCGUACAGCCGAUCACCAUAACACGCUUAUUACCAAGGGACACAUGGAGCGGUAAAAACGUCGCGGAAAUGCUCAACACCUUUGUCAAAACUAUCCCUACGGUGUCCCCAUUGCUGAUGGAAAACUGCAAAGACGGUCUAGACAAGCUGGCUCGCUUCGGUUUCCUGCAACCGUUCGGUAUAGCUGAUGUGCUUAAAGAGUUGGAUAUGCGAUCGCUGACUCCAGACGAAAUGGUCGCUUGUAUGAAAUGGUGGAUUGAAUGCAACCUGGGUCAUCCUUCUAUCCCGGAAGCCACACGGCAGUCCAUCGACGCGACCUCCACUCGCAAAUUCAUGGAAGCCGCGAUUGUCGACUGUGAUGGAGACAAACUGUUGCAGCUUUCUGGCGCCAAAUGGUGGAUCAAUCCAAAAAUCAUCCCUCUCGAUCUACCUGUCCCGCCGGAUACGUUGCCAUUUUCAAUUAGCAAACGGUUCAUGCCCACUGAACUAGCGCAGUACUUCAAUUUCAGCGAACUCUCACUCUUGGACUGGGUACAAUUUAUCGUCAACGAGCCAGAAUUGGAAAUGUCUCCCCACUUUGCAGAGAAAAUCUUGACAAUCAUUAGCCGUGGAUAUCCUCACUGUUCCAACAAAGCACAAGCCGAAAUAGCCGCGUUACUCCAUCAGAAAAAAUGUAUUCCCACUCGGUUUGGGAUGAAGUUGCCUGAAGAAACGUACUAUCCGACUGUCAAUCUCUUUGACGACCUACCCAUCGUGCGAUUCGAAAAUCCAAGAGCCGUAAGCGAAGCUUUCCUUAGCGCUCUCGGUGUUAGAAAGCAUGUCGAUUUGCAGCUGGUAUUCGAUCGACUGUUAUCGGACGGGAGCUGGUCACAUAUUGAACUGGUGAAAUACUUGACGACCAUUCAGUCUUCAUUGACCAAGACGGAAAUUCAGCGUUUGCAGGAAACCCCUAUUUUCACCCGAGAAGGGGAAGAACCUAAACAAAAACUCGUUCAGAAACCCACCAAUGCGGUGGACGCCCAAGGGAAGCCGGUGAUGGAAACCGUUUCAAAGAAUAUUUACCGUCGGUACAGGGCACGCGAUCUUUAUGUGCCUUCUGCUACGCUUCGCAAUCUCAGUUUACCGCUUAUUUAUUGGAAUAAUCGAUGGCGAUCGUCCAGUGAUGAAGCCAAGUUUUUGGAAACUCUGGGCUUAAAUACCCUGCCGCCCCUCUCAGUACUCUUGCAAAUUGCUUCGCCCGAAACUGGCGAUCGUCCUCUGCAAAAUCGCGCUCUAGCCUACCUCAUCGACAACCACACCCAAUACCAGGACGUUUACAAGAGCGCCACGGUCGAUACCAAAUUCUUGCCUUGCGAGGAUGGCUCCUACGUUGCGCCGAAGGACUGCUUUACCAAUCCCGAAGUUCGUAUUCUCGGUUUUCAAGUGCUUCACAGCGAUCUUCUUGGUGUUCGAGAGAAACUGGGUGUGAAAGAAAACCCACCAGCCAGUCGGCUCCUGGAGGCAUUUUUAGACCGUAUCGAUUUGGAUCACGACAAAGCCAAACGCAUGAUGGAAUACAUGGCGAGCCGCAUGGGUGAUUUCACCCACCAGCAUUGGCAAACAUUGCGAACAACCAAAUUUAUCCCUGUGCUUGACAAACGGUCGGCCCAGCUCGAUGCACAAAAACAAAAGCAACCACAAACUAUCCUGGUCAAGCCAAGCCAAUGCUAUUUCGAAUCUGAACAAACAAAUUUUCACAAAGAGCUGUUUAUUUACGUAAAUUUUGGGACGCUUGCCAAUUCGUUUCUCAGGAACUGUGGUGUCAAGGAUGAGCCCAAUACGGUGGAACUGGCGACCAUGCUCGUUAGCAAUCCGGAAAAGUUUUGGAACCUGAGCGGCGGUGGCGAAAACUAUCUAGCUGUAUUGCGACAAAUUGCAGGACAGUAUUCUCAACUGUCCAGACAAUCCUCUCUCUUGAAUGAGAUGCGAACAAAGCCUUUCUUGGUAGGGUUGAAACGAAGUACUGUCUCGGAUCAAGCCAGUGUCUCGUCUCCAACACCUGACAUUUUGUCAGACGAUGAGCCAAGCACCAACAUGGAUCAAUUCGUACAAUACCAAUUGGCCAAAGCCAGUGAUAUUUUCAUUGCGGACGAUCCAAUAGGUCAACAAAUCUUUUCUCCGUUGUCUGCCCCCAUGGAACCGCUACUCGAAGAGUUUUAUACAAACUUGGGAAGUCAGAAGCUCUCCAAACAAAUCGCGCAAGCUUAUACUUACAAUGAAGCGAUUGGAUCGACUGAAAGAGCAGAACAAAUGACGGAAAUUAUUUUCCAGCGUACCCCGAUUAUCAUCUAUCAAAUGCUCAAUGACAAUCCGCAUCGACGAAAGGAACUAUUGCACGAUGAGGCUUCCAUCAAGAAGCGGCUCAAGGUACUUCAAGCCAAGGAGCUCAAGGUGAUCCGCACAUUUAAGCCUACCGGAGAAAAAGACGUGCAAUCCACCACCGCGUGUGCUCGUGUGUCCCAUUAUACCCUUUAUAUUUCCAGUAGUGGAGAAAUCGAUUUCUACGAUGUUGCGAAUGCGCUUUGCAGCUUUCUAUUCACUCGGGUGCGAUUUAAUGAUGCCAUCGUCGUCGAGCGGUACCUCACCGCGUCGCUCAACAGCUUACGGCGUAAAGGCGUGCCUGUUGAUCGUAUUCUCAAUAUCCGCAAGACCGCUCAAUACAGCUCAAACCUACCCGAGGAGCCCAGUGAACCUUUGCCGUCAACAUUGACAUCGCAGCAACUGAAACGCUACACUCAGCAAGUCUUGGAUGUAUUUGGCGACUGUCGUCCGGAUUACAUUCAGCAGCUGUUAUUGCAGGAACGCGAAAACCAUGUGGAAAGGGUUAUUGAAAAGUUGCUCCAAGAGGACUACCCGCGAGCGCCGCCUCCCGUAGAAGACGAAAACCCACAGCCAGUGCAACCUGAGCCUAAUCCAAAGGAAUCGCGAAAGAGUGGCGGCCAUCGGUUACUUGAUCGCCUAUGGUCUUGGGGCAAGCCAGCAGAGCCAGCGGCACCACCGUCGGAGCCGGUGAAACACCUGGAUCAAAGGCCAUCUCCAGCAGAGCCACCCACCCACCAAAAACCCAAGUUGCCUGAUUCCGAAAAAACCAUCACGCCCAAUUACACGUCGAAUAUCAAGCAGAAUCUGAAACGGGGCAUUCAUUCCUGCAAGCCGUACUCUGGACAGCAAGUGUUUUCGCCACCACGGAUCGAGAACGUGAAAGAAUCAAGCAGCUAUUGUGACACCACCCCCGGUCACCAUCUGAUGCAUGUGAGCCAUUUUCUUGGCAUGGAGUUUUACGUGCACAAGGAUGUGAAGCCAGAUACCGUAUUGAAUCAAUACGGCCAAUCGAUUCGCGGAUUCAUCACUGUGAUUACGGCACUCGCAAAAUUAUUUGAUUUGAAAUUAUCCAGUUUGCACAUGUUCUACGAUACUUCCGGGUCCACGAUUGCGUUUAAUUUGAGUGGAAGUUUAUUCUUCAACCUGAGGUAUUAUCUCGCGCUACACGAACCCCACUCCAAGGACCCACGAGAAAUCCACGCGAAGCAUAAGGAGGCAGCCAUCUACUGGUUUAUGACGAUCUGCCAUGAAUUGGCUCACAAUUUUGUUGGUGAUCACAGUUCUGAACACGAAUUCUACAUGUCCUCAUUUGCAGAAGUGUAUCUGGAACCGCUCAUCAAUUAUCUCGGGUCUUUGGAUCAACCGCUCCCCAACGAUACUCUUCCAAUUUCUUCCCCUUCCUCAGCAUCUCAACCCAUCUAA